AUGUCCUUCAGCCAGAUGGAGAAUAUUACCGCCUGUGGGGAUGAUGCCUUCGGCCCCAAGGUCAAUCAUUGUCGAGGGGGCUUUGACUUCACGCUUUUCUUCGAAGAGUGCUUCUUCUCCAUUUCACGACUUCGCAAAGUGUCACAGAGUUGGCUCUACUGGGCGAAACUGAUAUUUGGUCAGGCUUUUGGGGCAACUCAGCUCUCUCUAUUUGUCGUGUGGUUUCUCCCCCAUGCGCCAAAAACAAGGGCCUCUUUAGCAGCCGCUGCUUUGGCUUUCCUUUCUUCGGUCGGCCUUCUCUUCUUGUCGCAUUGGGAGCAUGUCUUUUCUGUACACCCAUCUCACCUCCUCAACAUUGCCUUGUCUGUGUCUCUUCUAUUUGACAUUGUCCGUGUUAGAAGCCUGUGGUUUGCAUCCAAUAUGGCCAUUGCUGGGAUCUAUACAGCAAGCAUGACAUUGAAGAUUAUAUGGUUUUACCUGGAAGCACAGUCAAAGCGGAAAUCUUUCCUGAAUCCGAGAGAACGGUAUGGAGAGGAGGAGAUCCAUGGCUUAUACAGCCGCACCUUUUUUUGGUGGAUCAACUCUUAUCUCUAUCUUGGGUUCAAGAAUGUAUUGUCUGUGGAAGAUUUACCGCAUCUGGACCGAACCAUGUCGGUAGAUGUACUGCAUCGUCGACUCGCCAUGCGAUGGAAGCGAACCUCUAGAACUUCACACAAUAACUUGGCCUACUCCACCAUGUGGACGUUUAAGUCCUCGGUUAUAUGGGCAUUCGUGGCGAGGCUAGCAGUCAUUGGGCUGACGUAUGCUCAGCCAUUCCUCAUUAUGGCCUUGACCAACUAUGUUCAGGUCUUCAACUGUCUUUACCAACAUCACAACUUCCGGCUAAUUACGAAGAUCAGAGGAGCCAUUGUAUCCUCAAUCUUCGAGAAAACCUUAAACUUGAAAUUCGAUGAAUAUAGCGACACGGCGGCUCUAACUCUCAUGAGCAAUGAUGUCGAUAAUAUCGCAUUUGGAGUUCAGAACAUGCACGAAGUUUGGGCAAGCCCUAUUGAAACUGGUAUUGCGUUAUUUCUGUUGCAGCGCCAGGUUGCUUGGGCAGCGGUGAUUCCUGCAUUUGUUACUGUGAUAGCUUUUGUUUCCACGCAUUUUCUAUCAAAGUCAACACCUGGCAGACAAAAAUCAUGGAUGCAAGCUGUGCGCCAAAGAGUGGCAUUUGCAUCCACCUAUCUCAAUGCUAGUGCAACCAUCAAAAUGCUCGGUCUCCAGGAUAGCCUCUCCUUGAUAUUGCAGCAAUCCAGAAUCAAUGAGCUCAGCCAACAAAAAAGAUUUCGCCACAUGAUGGUCAAGAUGAACUUACUUGCCGGCACAAUUACAAACUUAAGCCCAGUGCUUACCCUGAGCGUCUAUACCGGCAUCGCGCUUCACACCGGCCGCGGCCCCUUGACCGCAUCUGCAACUUUCACCACCCUCUCUAUUAUUUCUCUGUUGAGCAGUCCAUUAUCAAACCUUAUUUAUUCGGGGCCGAAAGUAACUGAGGCUCUAGAGUGCUUUCAAAGAAUUCAGGCAUACCUUUUGGCUGAGUCGAAACUUGACGAUCGCGUUACUCCAGACCCGCAGCAUUUGGUAGCGCCUAGCCCGGUCGAGGAAUCCGAAUUUGGAAUCUCUCUGGAAACUCGAACAAACAACGCCUCAACACAAGAUGCUCAGGCUGCCCACCUCGUUCAUACUCAUCAAGCUGACUUUGGGUGGCAACGCCAAUCACCAGCCACGCUAUCCAAUGUGAAUAUCAAUAUACUCCCUGCUUCUUUGACCGUUCUUGUGGGGCCAGUUGGCUCAGGAAAAAGCACUCUUCUAAAAGCAAUCCUGGGGGAGGUGCCUUGUUUGGAGGGCUUUAUUCAUGUGACAGCUGCCAAAAUUGCAUUCUGCGAUACAAAGACAUGGAUCCGCAACCGAUCUAUUCGUGACAACAUUUGUCACCCACUUCCUUAUGACGAGGAGUGGUAUCGCACUGUGAUAUUCUCGACUGCUCUGGAUUAUGAUAUUGAUUAUCUCUCUCAAAAAGACCACACAGUCAUUGGUAGUAACGGCCUUUCACUGAGCGGUGGACAACGGCAGCGGAUUGCCAUUGCACGUGCGGUUUAUGCUCGAACAAAGCUAGCCGUCUUCGAUGAUUCCCUUAGUGCCCUUGAUGCCUCUACCUCUGCUCAGGUCUUCACUCGUGUCUUUGGACCGCAGGGUAUCUUGCGUCGCAACGGAACCGCCGCGAUCUUAGCGACACAUGAUUGGACAUACCUUGCCGACGCUGAUAAUGCCGUUGUCUUUGAUGAGGGAAGGAUCCGGGAGCAGGGACCCCCUCUAGAGCUCCAGACAUUCAAAGCUGGCUUGCCCAACGUUGCAACGGAAUACUCAGUUCUCUCUCAUAGAGCCCCAGAGCAAUUACAGACUACUACCACUUUCACAAACAGAGCAGGAUCAGAGGAGAAAUCCUCGAGAAAACAAGGGGAUUUAAGUGACUACGUCUACUACUUCCGAGCAUCUGGCCGAGGCUCAAUGAUUCUCUACGCUGGGGCCCUGAUUAUCGGCGUGUUUUGUUCACAAUUUACUAAUCUAUGGGUCCAGUGGUGGGCGGAGGAAAAUUCACGAAAGCCAUUUGGACAGUUGUCACAGUAUGUCAGUAUCUAUGCAAUAUUGGCCACAGCUGGAGCUGGGAUCUGGGCUUUCUGCAUGUGGUUGGUAUUUUGCCGCAUUGUUCCCACAUCAUCGUGCAACCUCCAUGAGUAUCUGGUCAACAAAGUUAAGAAAGCACCACUAUAUUGGCUCACGUCAACUGAUUCUGGCGUUAUUCUCAAUCGCUUCAGCCAAGACAUGAAUUUGAUUGACCGAUCACUUCCAGCUGAAUUUCUGAAAACCUCUAAUAACUUUCUACAGUGCGUUAUGAGUGCCGUGUUCAUCUGCGUGGGAGCAAAGUUUAUGGCUCCACUGAUUCCACUUUCGGUGUUUGCCAUCUACUGGAUCCAAAAGUUUUACCUUCGCACAUCGCGGCAGCUCCGCCAUCUGGAUUUAGAAUCGAAGUCACCCUUAUACACCCAGUUCACUGAGACACUCAAUGGUAUCAUCACUAUCCGCGCUUUUGGCUGGCAGCGCAACUUCCAGGAUGAGCACAAAAAAUUACUCCAGGAAUCCCAGAAGCCUUACUAUUUCUUGUUUGUUGUUCAACGCUGGCUGACCAUGGUUCUGGAUCUCGUUGUCGCGGGCAUUGCGGUCAUGUUGGCCGUUUUCUCUGUUUUCGUCCCUAACAUUGGGCCAAUCGGGGUUUCCCUUAUCUCAUUGAUCACAUUUAAUCAACAGCUUGCCGAGCUCAUCAAUUUUUGGACCUUGAUGGAGACCAGUAUAGGUGCUAUCAGUCGAGUUCGGAGCUUUGAGAAGGUGCCCACUGAAGAUCUCCCUUUGGAGAAUCAGGAUCCUCCUGUUACAUGGCCAUCGGAGGGUUCCAUAAUCUUUCAAGAUGCCGACUUGUCAUACGAGCCACUCGGAUCUCCUAUCCUUCGACACAUCACAUUAAACAUUCCCCCGGGAUCCAAGCUCGGAAUUUGUGGACGCACGGGCAGUGGCAAAAGCUCUCUUAUCCUCGUUCUUCUCCGCAUGGUUGAGAUACAGAGCGGAGAUGUCAUCAUCGACGGCAUUAGUCUACAGUCCUGCCCUCGCGAUGCGAUUCGCUGCAAAAUUACCGUUAUACCCCAAGAACCGGUUUUGUUUCCAGGUACUAUCAGGGAGAAUAUUACAGCCUUCAAAGUCAUUGAUGACGCCAGAGUGCUGCGAGCUCUGGAGAAGGUGAAGCUAAGAGAGCAUGUGAUGGCACAUGGGGGUCUAGAUGCGCAGAUAGAUGAUCUCCCCUUAUCCGCAGGUCAACGCCAGCUCGUCUGUCUAGCACGGGCUAUUACCAUGAAACAGAAAAUCUUGCUUCUGGAUGAAGCUACAAGCCGUGUGGAUGAUAGGACUGAUCAACUGAUGCAACAGGUUAUUCGACAGGAGUUUUCGGGGUGUACCAUCAUUUCAGUCGCACAUCGAGCUCAUACUCUUUUGGACUUUGAUCGAAUUGCUGUUAUUGAUGAAGGCAGAGUUGUCGAGUAUGACACUCCGGCUGUGCUAAUUGGAAACCAUGGGUCUCUCUUUGGGCGUCUUUGUGAUCAGACAAGGUCUACACUAUAA